AUGGAUGGCGUUUAUGUUAAGGGUUGCCUCGACGGGCGAAACGACAUUCACAUGUCUCAUUCUCCACGUCAUCCAUUCUCUAGAUAUUGGGAUAUGAUGGAUCAAACUUAUGUUAUGAACGAAGUUAAAGAAUCAUGUUGUUACGUUUCUCAAGAUUUCUUAACCGAUCUCGAGACUUGCCGGAACACGAGAGACAACCCAAUCCUCCAGGAGUAUAUCCUUCCCGAUUUUUCAAGAAACUCCAAGGGGUUCAUAAGGGAAAAGAAAGGUGGAGGGAUGUAUGAUCAAUCUGAUGAGCAGGUUUUGUACAUGAACAACGAACGUUUCGCCGUACCCGAAAUAUUGUUCAAUCCAUCAGACAUCGGCAUGAAUCAGGCAGGAAUCCCGGAGGUCAUAGUGGAAUCAAUUAAUGCUACACAUCCUGGAAUUUCUUUUUACAGUGAGAAGGAUUUACGUGUUCUUGCACCAUCGGAAUUUGAAGUUAAAGUGGGAAUGCCCGAAGAGUAA